AUGCCGUCGUCGCCGCUGCGGGUGGCGGUGGUCUGCUCGAGCAACCAGAACCGGAGCAUGGAGGCGCACAACAUCCUUAGCAAACGGGGAUUCAGCGUCCGGUCCUUUGGAACAGGGACCCACGUGAAGCUUCCGGGACCCGCGCCCGACAAGCCCAAUGUUUACGACUUCAAAACGACCUAUGAUCAGAUGUACAACGAUCUCCUUAGGAAAGACAAGGAGCUCUACACCCAGAAUGGCAUCCUGCACAUGUUGGACAGGAAUAAGCGGAUCAAGCCCCGGCCAGAGAGGUUCCAGAACUGCAAAGACCUGUUCGACCUCAUCCUCACCUGCGAGGAGAGAGUGUACGACCAGGUGGUGGAAGAUCUGAACUCCAGGGAGCAGGAGACCUGCCAGCCCGUGCACGUGAUCAACGUGGACAUCCAGGACAACCACGAGGAGGCCACGCUGGGGGCCUUCCUCAUCUGCGAGCUGUGCCAGUGCAUCCAACACACGGAGGACAUGGAGAACGAGAUCGAGGAGCUGCUGCAGGAGUUCGAGGAGAAGAGCGGCCGCACCUUCCUGCACACGGUCUGCUUCUACUGA